GUUUCAAAUGGCGAAGAAGUGGAGCUCUUUAAUUUCGUACUCUUAAUCGAAGAGCGACACAAAAUUUUUGUUGUAACGCCUCUCUUAACCAGCCAGUAAACGAUGUAAAGAAGCGCUUAAAGCAGCUUGGCGUUGCCAUAUGUAUGUAUGUGUUUGUAGCGAAAAAUUUAGCGCUCAUUACCGUCGCUUGACUAAAACUGACUGAUUACGAGUUGUAAGUUAGGCAGCUGCCACAAUCGCGCUUGCGGCCAAAGUGAGCUUUGCUGAUCAGCGCUUGCUAUUACUGUUACUUGGCCAAAACCUUGUCGAUAUUAUCAAUUUCAGUUAGUUUUCGACUGUUGGCGCGUUUAAGACGUUUUACCACGGCCCGUUGUGGUGUUGCGCGAACGUAAGGAGAAUUUUGUGACAAAAAUCGAGCGAAAAGAAGUCUUCAAACGCUUCUUUCGAUAAUAAUGAUACGCUGUUGUUUGCUACGAUAACAAAUUACUAUAAUAUUAUUUGGCGUUUUUGCUCGCUGCAAAGCGCUUUCUGUUGAUAACAAGUGAAGCGUGAAAAAGUGACAACAAUUCCGUUGGAUUUCCCUUUCUUCGGUGGCGCUACAUGUUAAAAAGCAAACAAACAAAACAAACAAAACAAAGAAAUUUGGUGAAAGUGUGCUGCCGCAACCAAAAAAAAAAGCCUUGAUAUACAUGUAUGUAUGUAUUUGAAAAUAUUCGCACGUACAUAUGUAUAUAUAUAAAGCGCCAAAAAGUACGAAAUCAUAUAUAUGAACCAAAAAUAAAGUUAAAACAAAUGUAUAAAGUAGUCAGUGACCGUUUUGAAAGCCUUCAACGAAAAGUGCAGCUGUGUUGCAACUUCUGGUCCCGCUGUGUUGCAAACGAAUUGCGCUGAUUGGUGUGCUUGGUGAAUACUUGCAUAUAACUGCUAUUUAAGGAAAAACGGGACGUUAACUUCCGACAACAGCGGCUGCACGACCGACCAGAUCAGAGCACGCGGCCGAAUAGAAAGGAAGAAAACUUGUUCGAAGCAAAACGGUUGCGAAAGAAAAAAAAAAUAUACACAGAAACAAUUAAAGGAAAACGCCGAGAGAUUUCAACAUGGCAAAUCAAGUGUGGUAUGGCGUGGCGUUGCUGUUUUUUGCCACCAACAUCAUGGCUGCCGAUAUACUAAUGGUCACAAUGGGCGGUACCAAAUCACAUAAAAUACCCUUUUGGGAGCUGGCGAAAGGACUGAUACACAGAGGUCACAACAUCACAUUCCUUAAUGGCUUUCCAUCGGAUUUUCACAUUAACGGCUUGCACGAGAUCACACCAGCUGGCUUGGUAGAGUACAUACAAAAUUAUACGAAUUGGGAUUUAUUGGGGUCACGUAUGUCUGGUGAAAUGCCUUUAUCGAUGUGGGACGCAUUUCGAUAUGCAUUUCAGUCCUGCGAUGCUAUGCUGGAGGAUGCUGAAACUAAGGAGCUCAUGAAUCGCAGCUUUGAUUUAGCCAUUCUGGAUGGCGCCUUUCCCGAAUGCGCGCUCGGCAUGGUCUACCAAUACAAAAUACCAUUCAUGUAUAUGAAUACAGUAGGUUUCUACACCGGCAGUUUGGCUAAGUCUGGUAAUCCCGGUUCAUAUGCGAUAACGCCGAAUUUCUAUUCAAGCUUUACGGACACGAUGAACAUCUUUCAGCGUGCAAUGAACACCGGCAUACAAGUGUUUCAGGAUGUUAUGCACAAGUUAGUCAUAGCGUUCGUUUAUCGCGUGAUGCGCGAACGCAUCGAUAUAAAUAUACCGCAUCCCUAUGACAUCUCGAAAAAUGUUAGCUUUAUACUGCAGAAUGGCCACGCUGUCGUGUCAUAUCCACGCGCGCUCAAUCCGAAUGUCGCUGAGAUCGCUUGCAUACACUGCAAACCCGCUAAACCGUUGCCUAAAGAUCUUGAAGAAUUUAUUGCUUCCGCGGGCGAAUCGGGUUUCAUUUAUGUCUCCAUGGGUUCUUCUGUGAAGGCUGCAAAUAUGCCGGAGUCGUUGCGUCGCUUGUUGGUGAAAACGUUCGCACGCCUGCCAUAUCAUGUGCUGUGGAAGUAUGAGGGUGAUGCUUCAGAAAUGCAUGAUAUCACGGCUAAUGUACGCCUAAGUCGUUGGUUGCCGCAGCAGGAUAUUUUGGGGCAUCACAAACUGCGCGCCUUCGUUACACAUGGCGGUUUGUUGAGCAUGUUCGAGACGGUAUACCAUGGUGUGCCAGUUGUGACAAUGCCAGUCUUCUGUGAUCACGAUGUAAACUCUGCUAAGGCGGAGGUGGAUGGUUAUGCGAUUAAAUUACAGUUGGAGUCUCUAACUGUUAGUCAGCUUUACAAGACCAUAAUGAAGGUUAUACAUGAUCCGCAGUAUAGAAAUGCGGCGAGAUCCCGCCAAAGAUUGCUGACAGACCAGCGUAGUACUCCCUUGGAAACAUCCAUAUACUGGACUGAAUAUGUUUUGCGUCAUAAAGGAGCUUACCACUUGCAAUCGCCGGCAAGAAAUAUGAGUUGGAUCCAAUACUACCUUAUCGAUGUAGUAACUCUUUACAUGGGCGCUAUCUACCUAAUCUACUAUCUGCUGAAACGUUUACUCUCUCGCCCCGAAGUCAUACAACAUAGCAUACGCCAUGCUCAUCACAGGGUCAAAAAGCUCAACUAAUUACUCAUUAAUAAUUAGGAAUGCUUGGUGAUAUUCAAUUACGAAAGGGUGUCUAAGUAUGUGCAACAAAUGCCGCCAUAUUUUCUCUCUUUCUCUCUCUUCAGCUGUAGUCUGUUCUAGGUAGAGCGCAUACUCUCAUUUUCAUUUUUACAGUGCCUGUGUGCAAAUAUUUUCGCCUUUUUCUUUUGUGUAGAAAAAGUAAUUGUAAAUAUUGUAACUACAUAAACAUAUUUAAUAUAUAUUUAAUUAUUAUGUGUACAAAAGCGUGUGACAACUCUCAAAUAUAUAUAUAUGUAUUAAUGUAAUACAUAAAAGCUG